CAUUGGCCCUUAUGUUAAUAGGGCUCUGUUAUGAAUCUCGAGAGCGAAAACGCGAAAAUGGAACCUGAACCGAAGAAGAGGAAGACUUAUCGUGCACCGCCUCGCAGGAUUGCCUCUUCACCUACCAAAAAGAAAGACACGGUUACAAUAUCAAAGAGAAACACAGCUACAACAUCAAUGAAUAGUUCAACGGUUCAUGUGGCUCAAAAUAGCGCUGUCUAUCUUGGCAUUCAACAGGCUAAGAACUCUGCAGUAGCACAGGCGCGGCAAGAUGGUUGCACAGGAAAUUUCAGGAUUUUUGAUUCUCCAUUUGGGAAUUAUCUUCUACCUGUAGUACCAACUCGUGCAGAACUUGGUGGGUAGUUUUAUGCUCUACUGGUUUCUAAUACCAUGAUUUUGUACUUAAGAAAUUAGAACAUCCAUAUCCUCAAUGAAAGAUCUAAAAUAUUAGGCAAAAAAAAGAAGAUGGUAGUUUGAUGACUUCAACCAUUUACAUAGGCUUAGAGCGUUCUAUUCUGAGUGAUCCUUGUGAUACUGAUAGAAUAUAUGAUUGGCGAUCAUUCAUGAGCAGGUUGAACUGGUAGUAUAUAUGUAAAUGAUCUCAAUUGAAAUGUGUACACCGCGAAGCAUGGAUCUGAAUGAUAGUAAUUUUCACAUCCAGUGAAGACAGAUGAUACAAUAUGGGUAUUUGUUUCUGUUUAAUACAUAUAUAUGUAUCUAUGUACACAUGAAGAUAUGUAAAUUGGUGGGGAAUGGUUGUGACUUUUGUGAUUGAUCACUUGGCAUUUGGCACCCCACGUUGAACGCCAUUCAAAUGUACUUCAAAAAAUAUCCCAUGUAUAUGUACUUUUUUCUCUCUCUUUUGUUUUUA